CGCAUACCAACAGAUGUUCAGAAUUACCUACCUGUUAUACCCACCACACGUUGCGUUGCCCAAGGUUCCCCAUCCACUUUCAAAAAUACAGAAUUCAUAGGAAAGUAACGGUGGAAAUAGGUGCAUAUGUUUGGUAGCCAAUAUAAAAAAUGGCAAAUAUGAUAUACACAGAUUCCGAUGCAAUAAUUACUGUGUUUGAUGGUGCGCUUAGUACGCGCGUAAUCAGCCAUCCUACACGCGCCUUUGCCUUGGAGGCGACAUUUCAUUUGGACCACCCAAUGUUCUCUACGCUUAUAUCUAGAAAACCCCCAAUGCACUUCCAUCAGCACCAGGAAGAGUAUAUACAAGUAGUUGAAGGACGCUUAGGGUUCGAAUAUAACGGGCGGGAAUGGUUGAUGUUCCCACAUGACGGUGAAUUUGCCGUACGUCCCGGUAUAAAUCAUCGUUCAUAUCCGGUCGCCGCAGAAAACACCCAAUCUGGGGAUAAAACCUUGAAGUUCCUGAUCUCGGGAAGCAAGACUUCUGAGGUUUUCAGCCUGGAUCUUCUGUUCUUCGAAAAUUGGUAUUUAUACCAGGAACAGCUUAUUCUCAACGGCAAAAAGCCUGAUAUUAUUCAGGUCUUGAGUACGUUCGAUGCUGGCGGUUCUUACCUUUCGUUCCCGAAUUGGAUACCAUUUGGUCGAAAUCUGUCAGUUAUAGUUGCAAUCGUGGUUGGGAGAUGGAUAGGUGGAUUGCUAGGGUAUCAGCCAUUCUAUCAUAAAUGGUCAACUGACUGGGGCCUGGCUUGUGAGAGAAUGGAGGCAUCAAUCUUCCAAAGACGAUUCGCGAAUCGGACAAUAUCAUUGUAGUUUGAGCAAACUAGCUUGCUACGAGCCAUGCGAGGUAGUAGAAUUCAUAAGU